AUGGAAAUUGCUGUUCCUAAUGCAUCAGUGGAUAUGCUUAUAACGCCAGACAAUGAGACACCUGAAAACAUUGGAGAUAUUUCUUUGCUACAACAAAACCAACCAGUGUCCUGUAAAAAAAAGAAGCAAGAAAACAAAUUAAAAAGAAUUCUUGGCCAAUCUUAUGUGACAGCUUCUGGGAAAACUAUUGGAAAACGUCAAAUGAAGGAAUUACCUAAUUGUCGGAAUAAGUGCCGAAAGAAAAUAAGUGAUAAACAGCGCGCUUUGAUACACAAGGAGGUUUGGAAUCUUGGGUCUUACGAUUUAAGGGCAGCAUUCAUUUUAUCUUUGAUCACUAUCCAAGAGAAAAAAACUGAAAGUCUUCGUGUCGAAGAUCCUGACAAACAAAAAUGUAGACAGACACGGUGUAUCAAGGAAAUCUACUCGCCAUCGACGCAACCGUGCGACAUUGUAGGCAACAAUGCGGCGUCCCGACAUUCUGAGUACUCAAGAAAUAUCAGCGCGAAUUCAGCAAGACGCGACAUCGGCGCGCAAGCGAUCGACGCUCAGUACGCUAGUACCUAUAAGGUUGAAUAUUGCCAUGAGAAGCCAACGUCUCCCCAGCCCGAACUGACCGAGUUUCCGCCCCAGCGGACACUUAUUCAACCGGAUUCAACCCCUAUAUCCAGAGCUUCUACAAAGUCAGACGUGUUCGCCAACUCUUUGAGAAAAUAUCCAAGCUUAUCACCAGAACGAUCCUCAGAUGUUGUUGAACGCCUGACUAGCUUUUCUAAAACUACAAGCUCGUCAAGAGUCGCGAUGUCGGACACUGAAUAUCCAUCGGGCAAAUAUAAAGACACAAAGUAA